UUUUGAUCUUUGUAUCUUAGGAUACUACUCGGAUCUGUAUGUAUGUAUGUAUGUAUGUUUGUUUGUUUGUUUGUUUGUUUCUUGACCUGCAAAAUCUGUUCACUAUUUAUUCUUGGCCUUCCAUAUUUCUGCUUAAUUUGAUUGUCUUUAGCUUGUUUCAAUCUUUGUUCUUACUAUUGUAGUGAUUCUAACUAGUAUAUUGGAAGUUUAAGCUUAUAAUACAAUCACAUUCGUUUUCUUUCCUUCAAUCAGUUCUCGACUCGCGGGCCUUUUUCGAAAGCAUUCAAAGUACCCUUCAUCGUGUAUUUUCAUGAUGUCUCAAGCAAAGCAUUUAUAUUUUGGUUUGGAAUAUUAGUGUUCUCAGUUUUCGGAAUGAAAGUCUGUGAGUCUGAGUUUAGAAGCUAAUUCAUCUGGGUGGGAAGGUAAUCUUAGUGGUGUAAUUGAAGCUUCUGGGUCCAGUAUUCUUAUUAUUGAACAUUGAGAUAGUAAUUGCUGGUGAUCUUGAAGUUCAGAUAUACGAGAGGCAGUGACAUGGUGAUCAUUGAUGCGGCGAAACAGAUUAUGAUGGCAUUAAGGUCAAGAAAGAAUCUUACAGAUGAUGAGAAGGAGAUUCUAGGAGACCUUCAUACCCAAUUAACCACUGCAAUAGCAAUCAGCGAAAAAGAGGUUGAUGAAAUAAACAAGAUUGAAGAAAGGCUAAAUGUUAUUCAGGGGAAGAUUAUGUGUUGGGAAAGAUAUUGGCCUAUGAUCUGGGACUCGGGUCUUGAUGAAGCUACUGAGUAUCUAAAUGCCGCUGACGAAGCCCGACAGGUGACUAAAAAACUGGAAAUCUUGUGUGUGACUGAAGAUAGAAAAAAGGAGAUGCUUCAGAGGGCUCGAAAUCUUCUUCAAAUCUCAAUGGGAAGGCUUCAGGAGGAGUUCAUGCACAUGCUUACUAAAAAUAGACAACCCUUUGAGCCAAAACAUGUGCCUGCUGCUUCCAUUGCCGUCAAUGAAGUCUCAGAAAUCUCUCUUGGGGAUAAACUAGUUGGGGAUUCGAAGCUAAGAAAAAUCAUUAACAGAAAUUCAGAGGAAUUCACCAUUAAUUUGGUUCAAUACGAUGUUAUCCCUGAGCUCAGACGUAUUGCGAAUGUGAUGUCCAUUUCUGGUUAUGCUGAUGAAUGUUCUCUGGCAUAUAUUAGCAUUCAAAGGAGCGCUUUAGAUGAAUGUCUCCGCAUUCUUGAAAGGGAGAAACUGAGAACUGAAGAUGUGCUCAAACUGGAGCAGGUAAGCUUAAAAUCGAAGAUCAAGAGAAGGAUUCAGACUAUGAAGAUGUUUAUGCGUGUCUAUCUUGCUAGUGAUAAAUGGCUCUCUGAACAGAUUUUCGGGGAACUUGGAACUGUUAAUUUGGUUUCAUUUGCUGAGCCUGUAGUGCUUCAGCUAUUGACGUAUUUUGGCAAAGCCAUAUCUACUGGUCCCAAAAAUCCAGGAAACUUGUUCCAUUUACUUGACAUGUAUGAGGUCCUGGCAGGUCUUCUCCCAUAUUUAGAUUCUUUGUACUCUGACGAAGCUAUUUCUCAAGUAAUAGUGAACGGUGAUAUGGUUCUAAGGGGAUUGGCUGAUUCUGCAAGGAAAACACUUGAUGAAUUUGAGGAUUCCAUUAUGACAUACACAAUGAGAGAGCCUUCUGCAGCCGAAGGAAUUCACCCACUCACAAAAAAUGUCAUGAAUUACAUCAGUGCUCUCACAGGCUACCACGAGACACUUGAUUUUCUCCUCAAUGACCAUUGUGUAGAACAUCCCAUGUCAGCACCCUCUUGCAUGAGUUCAGGUGUGGAAGAAGAGAACAUAAAAGAGCACAUAAGUGGAGGUACAUGCAAGCUAUCCCCAAUGGCUCUCCACUUUCGAGCAUUUUCUUGUAUUCUAGAAUACAAGCUCUACAACAAGGCCAAGUUAUUUAAAGAUGCUUCUUUGGGGCACAUGUUCUUGAUGAACAAUAUACAUUACAUGGCUCAAAAGGUUAUGUGUUCAGAACUUCGGUUUAUACUAGGAGAGGAGUGGAUUCAAGAGCACGACUGGGAACUCCAACAGCAUGUGAGGAACUAUACGAGAGUUACUUGGAGUCCAAUCCUCUCUUUAUUGAAGGAUGACGGGAAUCCCAGUUCGUAUGCUGUCUCGAAAGCCCAUGUGGAGGAAAAGCUUCGGAGCUUUUAUCUUGCUUUUGAAGAGGUCUGCGGGGCUCAGACAGCAUGUUCUAUCCCUGAUGACCAGCUUCGUGAAGAUUUACGAAAUUCGACUUCCCUCAAAGUGAUCCGUGCAUAUCAGAAAUUUGUUGAACGACAUACUGAUCACGUAAGCGACGAGCACAUGAAGUACAGUGCUGAUUAUUUACAGAAUCGCUUGUUGCAACUCUUCGAGGGAUCCCAACUUAAGAUCAUGGCAUAACCCCCACAGGAGAUGAUAUUGUUAAAAAUUGCUUCAGUACUGCUAUAGGUCGUCUUUUUAUUAUAUUAGUUUCAGAUAUCUGUUUCAGCAAAUAAAUUUGCUAGUCUUUAGGAGUUGUUAGUAUGUUAACAACAUAUUGCAGAUCAUAGCGUGAAUUUCAUCUAUUAAUUUGCAUUUAAGUUUGUUUUUUCAGGUAUUUAAUUCUGAAGAUGUUAAUCAAAUAAAGAGAAUCAAUUUUCCCUUGUCUGCU